GGAGCGUUUUCAGUUGGAAUUGUAACGUGCGCGAAUAUCAUUGGGUCCCUUCCCAUCCUGUGGCAAAUUUCACAUCCUCCCAUUUUCCUUCUAGGGUUUCAGCCCCUCUCCACCUCCACUAUUUCCGUAUCUCUAUAUCUCUGCCUCGCCGGUCGGUGAAUAUUACGGAAAAUCUAAUUUUCCGAUAACAGUCCCGACCUGCUCUUCGCCUUCGAAAACUUUUUGUCUCUCACAGUUAGCCAUCCUUUUUUUUUUUUUUCCCUAUCCUGAAUCUUCUCGACUGUUCGAUUGACGAAAAUUAAUUUUCGUUUCUGACUGAGGCUCCGUUUCAUCAAAUUUUCAUUUCUCGAUUGAAUUCUCCUCUUCCUUUUGCUAUUGAAACCACUGUUGCCUAAUCUAUCGUUCUGGUGAUUGGUUGCAGUAAUUUGAAGGGAUAUAGAUUGAAAAUUGUGUGUCGAUUGUAGGUGAAGAUGGCCAGUCAAGGCGGAUCUUCGAGGAAAAGUUUAUCGUUGUCAAACUCAGCUUCUGUGCUUGCAAGGAAGAAAUCAUCUGAGAAUGGUGGUGCCCCUGAUUCUGCACGAAAAUCUUUCACCGGUUCUCGGCCCGGGGGACUGACUGGUGAGCGCACAGUUAAACGAUUGCGCCUGUCAAAGGCCCUUACAGUACCUGAGACCACAAGUGUUCAUGAGGCUUGUCGUCGUAUGGCUGCUCGUAGAGUUGAUGCCUUAUUGCUAACAGACUCAAAUGCUUUACUUUGUGGAAUCCUUACAGACAGGGAUAUAGUAACAAGAGUUAUUGCUCGUGAUAUUAAUCUUGAGGAAACCCCUGUUUCCAAAGUUAUGACAAGGAACCCAGUGUUUGUUCUUUCUGACACCCUUGCUGUGGAAGCUCUACAGAAGAUGGUUCAAGGAAAAUUUAGGCAUUUGCCUGUUGUGGAUAAUGGAGAGGUUAUUGCUUUGCUUGAUAUAGCAAAGUGUUUAUACGAUGCUAUUGCUCGUAUGGAAAGGGCAGCUGAGAAAGGAAAGGCUAUUGCUGCUGCUGUUGAAGGUGUAGAAAAAAAUUGGGGGACAUCCUUUUCUGGACCUAAUACAUUCAUUGAGACACUUCGAGAGCGGAUGUUUAAACCGUCUUUAUCUACAAUAAUUCAGGAGAAUUCAAAGGUUGUAACAGUUUCACCAACUGAAACAGUUUUGGCAGUGACAAAGAAGAUGCUUGAAUUCCGGGCAAGCUCUGCAGUGGUGGUUGUUGAUCACAAACCACGGGGAAUUAUAACAUCUAAGGAUAUCUUGAUGCGAGUAAUAUCACAAAAUCUUCCACCAGAUUCCACUGUUGUAGAGAAGGUUAUGACUCCUAACCCGGAAUGUGCAACCAUUGAUACUCCAAUUGUUGAUGCUCUGCAUACCAUGCAUGAUGGGAAGUUUUUGCACCUUCCUGUAGUAGAUAGAGAUGGGAAUAUAGUUGCUGUUGUUGAUGUGAUUCAUAUUACUCAUGCAGCUGUUGCCACGGUUGGAAAUACUGCUGGAGUAAAUAAUGAGGCAGCAAACACAAUGAUGCAAAAGUUUUGGGAUUCCGCAAUGGCCUUAAGUCCCAAUGAGGAGGAUGAGGAUACUCGGAGUGAAGGUUCCUUGAAAUUGCCUUCUGAAGGAGGAGAGACAGGAAGAUCUCUUCCCUAUCCUUCAUCAACGUUGCCAAAUACGUUUGGUUUCAAAAUUGAAGACAAGAGGGGGCGAAUGCACAGAUUUACUUGUGAUACUAAGAAUUUGACAGAUCUGAUUACUGCUAUACUCCAGAGGUUAGGGGAUGACAUUGAUCGAAACAACUUGCCUCAAAUUCUGUAUGAAGAUGAAGACCGUGAUAAAGUUGUUCUGGAGUCAGAUAGCGAUCUUGGAGCAGCUGUGGAGCAUGCAAAAUUAGCUGGUUUCAAGGGUCUGAGAUUGCAUUUAGACUAUUCUGGAAUACGCGGUCGACGGGGGAGUAAUUCAAGAGAUAUGGAGUACGGUCACCAAGAUGCAUGGGCUGCUGCAUACAGUGCUGUUGCAGCUGGUGCGGCCCUGGUUGCCGGGUUGGGUGUACUGGCGUACUUGCGAAGAUCCAGUUAGUGAUGGUUUUUUUUUUUUUUUUUUUUGUGGGAAAAAAUUAGCAGUUCAUACAAAUGUAAUUUCUCCUGAACGAAGUGACCAAAAUGGAAUUGGCUGGGAGGCAUUUCUUGUGCUUGAUAUGUGUUUUUGUAGACCUAGAUGUGUACAACAAAAAGAAAAGAAGGGAAGGGAAGGGAAAAACAAAAACUCAAUUUGUUGGUGCUGGGUACUCCAAACAAAACACCUUUACAUGUAUUCAGUGUUGGUAUGUAAUAUUCUGUGGUACACGAAGUUGGAAAUUUUUGGGUGUAUAGAAAAUAAAGUGUGCCACUUUCUGAGCA